UAGGCUAAGUGUGUAGCCGUGGAGCAGACGCCUGCCUGCCUGCCUGCCUUCGGUGGCUAGCUAGCUAGCUAGCUGGUUAGCGAGCGACUCCCUGGCUGCUUCGCCGCUUUUCCGGAUAACAACACUGAAAGCGAAAACCAGACGACGUUGCUUUUGUAUCCAUGUUGGUACGGCAUUGAUGGUUACGUUACAACAAUGUGGUUCAGGGAUCCAGUCAGCUGCGGUGGAGGGUUUAAAAUGAAAGUAAACGAACAGGCUCGUGUCACCUUGCCAGGCAUUGUUUGAAAAUGCUUUGAUGUUUGUGUUUACAUCGGAGUCCGAGGAUGGUUCAGCCCCAACCUGACGGUCCACUGCAGUGGGACAUGUCAGGAGAGGAUAGUGGGGGGGCUCUCAGGGUCCCACCAGAGCUGGCAGCCAAUGACGUGGUCACCAGGUUGCUUGGAGACAAUCAGCAGCUUCGAGAGGCCUUGAGGCGUAGCAACCUGGCCUUGCGGCAGCGCUGUGAAGAGAUGGAGGGAUGGCAGCGAAAGACGAGGGAGGAUCGGGAAUUUCUCAGUUGUCGUUUCCAGGAAGCCAGGGCCCUGGUGGAGAGGUUGGCCCAAGAGAACCAUUCUUUACAAGGCCUGGUGAAUGGACCAGCCUCCUCAUCUAACCACUGCUGUAGCGCCAGCCAAACCGAAGGCCCUUUUCCAACAAAGAAUGGCCCUCUAGAUGCACCACAGAUGCUGGGUCAGCAGGCAAAGAAAACAGUAGAGGAAGCCGAUCAACACACACAGACAACACCCCCUCGUAGCUUGGGUGAUGCAAGUGUAUGUAGCUCCAUGAGUAGUGCCCUGCCAACCCCCCCUACCUCCCUUACAGAGGUAUCGGGGGGGUCAAUGGGCAGGGGAAAUGGCCAGCCCGUCGAUGGCGCGAGCGACUUCUCGCAAGUGAACAGCCACCGAGAAAAGAUUGAGGACACCAUGCGAGAGCUGAAAAAGAAAAACGAAGAGCUGGAAAGGCAGAGGGACGAGGGCGAAAAGGAGAGAGAGCGAAUGCGUCGCUGCAUUGAUCAGCUGGCGGCCAAACUGGCCCAGGCAAGCAGUGCUCCUGAGGAGGGUGGUCAACAUCGAACUGAAGCCCAGCACUCCUCUGACUGCUCUAGCCUGGCUAAACUCACAGAGCAGCUUCAGGCCACACAGGGCAGGUAUCGUGAGCUUGAGGUGAAGCUUGACUACCUGCAGAAGAGUUCUGCUCAGCGCGACAGAACGGAGGCUCUGCUCAAGCAAAAGGACAAGGAUUGCGAGACCCUCAAAGCUCAGGCAACAUCUCUCUUAGCAGAACUGAAUGAGAGGCAGAGCUGCCUGGACAAAAGUGAGCAAGAGCGGAAAAUGCUGGAGGACAAGUUGUGUAGUAAGGUGAAAGGCCUGCAGGUGGCAGAGCAAGAACUGGAGCAGCAGAGGAAUCAACAUCAUGUGAACAUGGACAGGCUUAUGUUGCAGAUUCAGAGUUUGGACCAAGCCCUGAAGACAGAAAGACAUGUUGUCACUGUGGAAAAGAAAAAACUGACACAGCUUCAGCAUGCCUAUACGUGUCUCUUUAGAGACUAUGAUUCGAAACUCAAGAGUGAGGGAGGAGAUGUGCGGAGACAAUUGGAGGAGGCAGAGCGAGCAUUGGCCCUAAAGCAGGACCUGAUUGAUAAGCUAAAGGAGGAGGUAGAGCAACAAAAAGGCUCACUGGAGACGGUUCCUGUCCUCACUGCACAGGCUGAGAUCUAUAAGGCAGACUUCCAUGCAGAACGAGAAGCAAGGGAAAAACUAAACCAGAAGAAAGAAGAGCUGCAGGAUCAGCUGAAUCAAGCGUUGGCUGAAAUUGAGAGACACAAACAGGAAGCCACAUCCCGGGCACGUAUGGAGCAGAUGAAGCUGAGACAUCAAGAGGACCUUCCAGCCCGAGUUCCACACAUUCCACCUCCACAAGGUGGAUUUUCUGCCGGAGCUUUCAACACGGCACCUCCUCCCUCCAUGUACCGCAAUCCUGGAUUGGUGCCGACUGGUGAUCAAGGUGCAUCAGGAGCGGAGGAUCUGCCAGAUUUAUGUUGUCCAAAGUGCCAGUACCAGGCUCCAGACAUGGACACACUGCAAAUUCAUGUCAUGGACUGCAUACAGUAACAGAACCAGAGUUCAUCUUACCUUCAACCGUCAUAAUCAUACAUCGACCAGCCAUACCGUUAUAAUCAAUGACAACUCAAUUGAAUAAUCUUGUCACCUUAUGGCUGUCGUACUUAUCAUUGGUUAUUUAUGACUUUUGUUGCCAUUUUGCCCUCAAAAGUUGAUAUUGAAUCAGAAUGUCUGUAGAAGCGGCUAAUACCUACCAUAUGGGAUCUGAGGAAAGAUAUCCAGUGAGCCAACAACAGGAUAAUGAGUGUGAAGUGUAAAUCACAAAUUUUGCACUUUUCAGCUGUACUUUUGCUCCACAGAAAGAUACUAAAGCACAAACAUUUAUUUCUUUUACGAAUUACAUCAUGUUUAGCUGAUUAGCCGUGCAGUAUUUGACCUCAGCACGCCUUUUCAUGCCUGAACAUUUAUGCUGUGCAACCAGAGUUUGACAUACUUUAGAUAUUAUUCGUAUUAUCAGGAUGGGGGCUAGUAAGCCUGGCAGUGCCACCGGCCACGCAAUGCCAAUCACCCUUGUAAUGAAUUGGACUGCAGGAAGAUAAGUUCCAACUGUUGACUUGACCUACAAAGUCCAUACACUUCAAUCCAAUGUUGGUCCUUUCAGAUGUACUGAACAGUCAGCGCCAACCUGACCUCACACAAACUUUGUAAGUGCUGUCAUUUUAAUGGCUUGGUGUCAUAACACCUCAUCAGAGGUCCUGCGGAGUCCAUGUCAGAACUUUUUGGCUCCUAUGCAGUAUUAUGCUGUAUUUUGUUGUGACAUGGCUGACCAGUGUAGACACAGUCUUUUCCCAGCUGGGUAAACAUUUUUGUAGCUGCACCUUACUUGUACUUAAUUCAACACCUUACAUCAUGUUAACCCUAUAGAAAUGUUUUAAACGACUACGAUGGAAUCAAGAUGUGCCAAAAAAAGGACUGUUCUUAUGAAUGAAAAGAAAUUAACCCAGCAUUUCAUUCCUUCUGAUCUGGUCCACCCAUUCACUUUCUUUUGUAGCUUUUCCAUUCUUCAGUUCUGUUCUUUUUCCCACUCUUCCCAGGUUCCGCCUCCUUUUCAAAUGUAAUUGCUUGCCAGAGACAUGACGAACAAGAUGCGCAUUUUUUACGGGGUUUGUAAACAGUCCCUGAUGCCUUUUUUUUUAUUUAGUUAAAUCUGCAGAGAUUGUGGGAUCAUAAAGCAGGUUUGGCUUAUGUGUGGAAUUUAAUGUUUGGUUUUAAUUCUGUCAUCCACUGUUAUUUAUCCAUAAAUCAAUUUUUCAAGUCGCUCCUCCUCACAAGGGCUGGGGGGUGCUGGAGCCCAUCCCAAUCUACUCCUUGUGAAAGGGGGACUACACCCUGAACUGGUCCCCAGACAGCCGCAGCGCGCACCGCUGUUAUAAAAUUGUUUAUCUUUAGACCCGAGAUGUUCGAAACAAAAAAAAAAAGUAAUUUUUCCAAUCGUCCUUGAAGGGUAAACAUGAGCGCAUAACCUAGUGAGCUUUAAAUUAAAAUGUAUAUACAAAAUAUGGUAUGUUUUGGUCAAUGUUGCAAGUCUGCGUUACCUCAAAACAUAUCUGAACUAGAGAUGGUUUAAGUCACUGAACAAAGUAGCUAUUCUCUAGGUACUGUCUGUGUAUACUGUUGAUUGCAUCACUGCUAUGUCACUGAGGACCUUGAUUGUGUAGUCUUCCCUGUAGCUAUCCAAUUAUCUGAAUGUAUAAACCAUUGAGGUUACCCCUUUUUUGUGAUUAUUGUCUGUAACGUUGGAUGCGCACUGUUGAUGUUCAGAAAAUUGUUGACAAGUUCCAAAAUAAACCAGAUGUUUAUUGGCUCA